AUGGCUGAGUCGUCCCCGUCAUCUCGCCAGCCUCCGUCGCCCUGGACCACCACCUCCACGCCUGUUUCACCCGCUGUGUCCCUUUUCUCUGCCAAGGGCCACACGCGUUUUUCCAGCUCGGUUUCGUCCCUGGUUUCAUCCCCAGGGCACGGAAACUCGAUGGAGAGCUCGUCGCGGAAUCCCUUGACAGGAGUGAAGGAAGAACCCUGUGGGUCUCAGCCCAGGGACCUCGAGGAGGAUUAUUUCCGUAUGUUACUUGCCCUUGCUCCCAGCCCCCGUGCCUUUCCUUUUCUCUUGCUUUAUUCUCCGAUAUUCGUCUCCUCGUUCGCUAAUCGAUUCCUGUCCACAGAACACUUUGACCAAGGUCUCUCGGUCGCCGAGGAUUCAUACUACGCUUCUUUCGAUGCUUCUGACAGCUACGAUCUAACGGAUGCCGGCAUGGAUUCUGCACAUUCGCCCAGGAAUCGACGCUCUGAUAGUAUCUCCGCCCGGGGCCUUUCGCGCAUCGGCUCCCGAAUCUCCACCAUCUCCACUCGCUGGAAGUCCAAACGUGCCUCCGAUGGCCCGGACGGUGCAGAUGUAUUCGCAACACAGCUGCGUUCCCGCACUAAUUCAGCAUCAUCCGCCAUAGCCAGUCCCACUACGGGUUCUUUCACUCGCGUCAAUUCGAUCCAGGUUCCUCCAUCACCCGCCAGGACUAUCUUUGAGGAGGCCAUCAGCGAAGCCGGCACGCAACCUAUUGAUAUCAGCAAAGCCAACCGGUACAGCCAGGAAGAGGAUUCGGCCCCUCAAGCAACGACUCCCCUACUGCCACCGUUUAUGGGCGAUGAACCAUCCUAUCAGACCGCGUCGCGCGUCCAUUCUCCGUUACAAUCCCCUUCAGUAGCCGACAAUAUGGUAGAUGACGGCCCAGUUGUCUGCAGCGCUGUUGCCGAUUUGCGAUUGGCAGGCUUGCCUUCACCACCCCUCUCGUCCAAGCCAUCUGUCGCAUCGUUCAAUCGUCCACGGGCCAGUACGGUGCGGACUGUCUCGGGAGAUGCGCCUCCAUUCACGCUCUCCGACCCAAAUGACGAGUGGGCGAACAGACUCGGUCAUGCCAACUUUACCAUCCAGCCGGAGCCUUAUGUACCUGAGACGUGUGACCUGGGAACGUUCGGGCAGCUGCGCGCAGAUUGGGACCUGGCUCAGUGCAACUUCAUGCGCCAUCUCGUGCGGACUGGCGAACAUUAUGGGGUUACUUCCACGAUCUACAAGCUCACCGAAGAGAAGUGGGAGUCCAUUAAUCGCGAAUGGCGCCGCCAUCAUGAGGCGAUGCUAUCUGAGCUAGAAGUGACAGAGGGUCCCCGUCUUAGUUUGAUGAAGUCCCACUGUGACCCUUGCGACCCGGUCAAAAUCCCUCGCCUUCACGACAACAAGUUCCCCGAGCUAGGCGAUGGCGAGAUCGUGGGUCCUAUGAAAAUCGCUCCAGCAGCGAAUGGAUCCGGACUAUGUCGCACCCGUUCGUUGAAACGCAACUUUGUCAAGUUCUUCCAGGAUCUCGUUAUACGUUCCUGA